AUGGGUGGAAAACUACUUGGAGAGCAGUUAACAAUGAAGUCUAUUGCUAUUCUUUAUUUUCAUAACGUGGUGGAGUUAGAGAAGAUCCAGAAGAGAGUGACUGAAAUGAUCAUGGAGAUGGAAGAGCUGCCUAAUAGGGAGAGACUAAAAAGGCUGGGACCUUCAGCUUGGAGAGGGGAACACGUGUUUGUUAUUGCUCAAAUCCCACAAUACGGAAAUGAAAGAAAGGGCAGCUGGUCCCUAAUGAAAGUCUUUCUAGUUUGUCUAUUGGCCUGUGUUAUCACCACCGCAAUAGGAGUGCUGGCCCUGUCCUUGGUCUAUGUAAAGAACACUGCCUUUAUGAAAGAGACGGAUAUUAAAAACAAUGGUGCAUCUUUCCCAAAACCGGAUGAAAAAAGUGUGGAUAUCAAAUUCCAGUUCCUGAAUCAGCUGGGGAAAUCAAAGGUAUAUAACUACCCAGGUGGUGAAAUUCAGUGGGCAAGAUUCAGGAAGGAUGUAAAUGAAUAUCAAAGUGAUGAAGAAAUGGAAUUUGGAAAAAGUAUCAAUAACCGUCGCUCCAAAAUGACUUUUGGAACCUUACGGAUCAAAAGCAAAGGGCUUCGGGCUCCCCAUUGGCAUUUUAAUGCCAAUGAACAUGGCUACCUGCUACAGGGUACUGCCUGGAUUGGAGUAAUUGGUGCAGAUGACAGCGUGGUUACCACAUACAAUGUCACGGCUGGUCAAGUGAUCUUCUUCCCUAGAAACACUGUGCAUUGGAUAAAGAAUGUAGGAUCAGAAGACUGUGUGUUCUUGCUGUUUUUUACAACACAUGAAGAACUUCAGACCUUGGAUGUAGAUGACGCGUUUUUCUCUACCCCAGAGGAUGUAGCAGCUAGAGCAUUAAAGCCACAAGGUGGAGUUAACUUCAUCAGAACAUUCAAGAAACAAGUAGAAGAUCAAGCAGUUAACCUCCCACCAAACUUAGAUGAGCUUGUACAAAAUGCCACCUACGUGCAGUCUCCGGACAACCUUGUAUGGCAGUACUUCUACAAUCUCAAAGGGUCAGCAGAAUAUCCUUUUCCAGGAGGAAUCUUCCAGUGGGCUCGCUACCGCAUAAAUGGCACUGGACUAAAUGAAACAGAAAAAAUCUUUAGUGAGGCAUUGAACAAGCAUGAAAAUACCCUUACCUUAGCAACUCUCAGGAUAUUCAGCAAUGGACUGGGGCAGCCUCAUUUCCACUUCAAUGCUAAUGAGAUGGGUUAUGUCAUUAGCGGCUGUGGACAGGUUGGAGUUAUUCUCUCAUCUGGAGUCACCGCCAACUUUAAUAUUGACAUUGGAGAUGUCAUAUUUUUCCCAGUUGGAACUCAACAUUAUAUCAAGAGCGUGUGUGAGGAGGAUUUGUUUUUGAUUCUAGCCUACAGUACAGGGAACCAGCUGGAAACUCUUCGUAUGAAUGACUACUUCCAUGGAACAGCAGAUCAUAUCCUUGCUCAGCUUUUUUUCAAGGAACAGGCUGAGUUUAAGAAGUUCCCAAAGGCUGCCAAAAAAUUAGUUUUGGUUCCUACCUUCAAUUUGUGGUGCUGCUUUAUCGCCUACCCAUCAGGAGAUGUCCUGCAUGUCGGGAGCAAGGGCCGGGAGCCGCGAGGGCACCCUGCGACGGGGGUUGGAGACGUGCUUGCUGCAGAUGCGAAACACAACGGCCUUGCUGCGAGCGCAGGCUAG